CAACAAUCUACGGAAGGGAAACUGGGAAGAAAUCGAAGAUAUCAGACAGGUGUUGGUUUAUGAUUGGAGACACUUCGAACCGACCAAUGGUGAGAGAGAUAAGCGGAAGUUAUUCUAUAAACUCCGGGAAUUGAGGCGGCCAAGCAGGCAAGUAGAAGUUGGGCCAAUUCAUAGAGUUGUUCAGUGUUCAACGGAGAGAGAAGAGGAAGGUUUAUAGAGAGAUGUGUGAAUGAGAACAUCGCCCUCCCUUCUUUACCUCGCCAUUAACUCCACCGUCCUUAACAUCUCCCAUCUCUCCGAUCUCUCUGCCAUUCCUGAGCACAUUCUGCUCGACCUCUUCCGGAGAACACUGAGUGCUGGGAAGCUAACAGAGAAGGUAUUGAGGCUGUUUGUGACAACUGGCAAUGACCAAAUCCUUUCACUGAUUCAGACGCUUAAUAUCCAGCACAUCAUCACUCCUGUCCUCCCUACUAGAUGCUCUGAAAAAUUCUGGUUCCAGUUUGAGAAAAUGUCUCAUCCUAUCAUCAAGGAUGACGAGGUUGAUAUUGUGGUUGCGGCAAUCCAGCCUGAUCUUACCUCCUUUUUUGAGGAAUGGAGACCUAUCUUUUCCCGAUUCCACCUGAUAAUUGUUAAAGAUCCUGACCUCCAGGAGGAACUUAAAAUACCAGAAGGUUUUAACAUUGAUCUGUACACGAAGUCUGAUAUGGAUCGAGUUGUGGGCUCUACUUCCAUUCUUUUCACUGGUUACUCCUGCCGGUAUUUUGGUUAUCUUGUCUCCCGGAAAAAGUACAUUGUUGCAGUUGAUGAUGACUGUGUCCCGACAAAGGAUGGGAGGGGCUUUCUAUUUGAUGCAGUGGCGCAGCAUAUUCAUAACCUAAGAUUUCCUGCAACCCCAUUCUUCUUCAACACACUGUAUGAUCCAUUCCAAAAGGGUGCAGACUUCGUGCGCGGGUACCCUUUCAGCCUGCGAAGUGGAGUGAAAUGCGCCCUAUCAUCUGGGCUAUGGCUCAAUUUGGCAGAUUAUGAUGCUCCCACACAAGCCCUGAAGCCAGGGGAGAGGAAUGCUCGAUAUGUUGAUGCUGUAUUGACUGUGCCCUUGAAGGCCAUGAUGCCAUUGAGUGGGAUCAAUAUAGCUUUUGAUCGUGAGGUGAUAGGUUCUGCUUUAUUCCCAGGUCUGUGGUUGGCGGGGGAGGGCAAGCAGAGGUGGGAAACAGUGGAAGAUAUAUGGUGUGGGAUGUGUGCCAAGGUGGUGUGUGAUCAUCUCGGCCUUGGUGUGAAGAGUGGUGUGCCCUAUGUGUGGAGGAAUGACAGAGGUGAUGCCAUAGAGACCUUGAAGAAAGAGUGGCAGGGAAUGAAGCUGAUGGAGGAGGUAGUCCCUUUCUUCCAGUCAGUGAGAUUGCCGAGGACUGCAGUGGUGGCAGAGGAUUGUGUGCUCGAAAUAGCGGCAAUGGUGAAGGAAAAACUAAGUCCAGUGGAUCCUCUGUUCGGACAAGCGGCAGAUGCCAUGGUAGAGUGGGUCCGCCUAUGGAAGGCUGUUGCCUCGGUAUCCCCUAACCCUGCAGCAUAAGAGGAAAUGAACUCUUUCAUCCUUUAAUGUUCUUUCUCAUUUUCUCUAUUGGUAGCUUCCUUUGUUGUUUCUUUGCUGCUACUUGACAGAAUGUCCUGUGAAGAUGGGUGGCUGAAAAUAAGAAUGUUGUGGUUGUUUGUUGUUGCAAGUGACAGAGUAAUAUUUCAUC